GUCUGUUCACAUAAUAUUCGGUGCACUCGGGAAAAUAAAUAUUAUUCAUUACACUCACUUUCGCAAAAAAAGUAUUUACUUUAUCGUGGUUCUUUGGGUUUAAUCUAUUUCGCCUUAUUAUUUGUAUAACUAUUUUUUGUAUUUGACGCAUAAAAUUUGAUGAAUGGGGAACCAGAUAUCGUUUUCAGUGACAGAGACCGAGCUGCAGCGCCAGAUAGCCGGCGAGGCAGAUAAUUUGUCGGUGGACCCGCGCGGCAAAGCGGACGCAAUAAUGGUUGUCACGAUUGGAUCCAUUUACUUUGUAAACCUUCUGGCAACCUUAUAUUUGCUGUGGAACAGACGGUACCCACCACUAAAGUCAAAAAACCCAAUGCUUAUGACACUCAUCAUGAUAUCAUUAUUUUUGUGGUUUGUUGGCGACCUCCAGGCCAACGGGCAUGUAACUCUGGCAAACUCGCCAAUGACUAAUUGCAAGGGCUUUGGGUUGUGGAUGCGGCUGUUGUUGGGAGUGUGCGGCAUGCUCUCACUGGUCGCGUUGAGGGCGUACGGGCUGUACCGCAUAUUUUAUCUACAUCGACCGUACCAUGGUUUGGGUCUCUACAUGCCAUUUUUUGUGUAUUACUUGUGCGUGCUCGUCUAUGGCAUUGUCGCCCAAGCGCUGAAACCUGCCAUCACAACUCACUAUAUUGCAGAACUCGACAUUUGCACCUUCCACCCGGGAUUCAAAGCAACACUGUUUGCGCUUCUGUGGGUCAGCCUGUUGAUAGUGGUGGUUGUGCACUGGAGGAUCCGCAAAAUUAAGAGCUCCUUCAAUGAAAGCCGCGAGAUGAUGGUUUCGUGCGUAAUUAGUUCCGCUGUGCUAAUGUAUGUUACUAUUAUGCACUACCUGCGCCCGCUCUAUCCGCUAGACAUCCGACAGCGCAUAGUGGCCACGUCACUGGAACAUUUUGCGGCAAAUGUGUUGUGGUGGGCCAUCAUGUCAGUACCCAUGUACAACUGCUUGUUUAACCGACAUAUCUAUCUUAACCACUGGAUUCACAAGCUGCGCAGGGAUGGUUUGCAGAAGGAGUAUGAUGUCGAUUCAGAUUCCACUGUCGUCAAUGAUAAUGGCACGAAGGGCCUGUACAGCAUGCGCAAUACACUGUUGAUGUCAGGAUCCAAAGGAAACAAAAAAGACGAGUUGUUCUACGCAAUGGAUGACAGCGUUUAUGGGAGCAAAGCCGCAGCCGCCGCUUCUGAAAGUACUACGCACAUCGGCGUACCUUACUCUUUGCAGAACACCAACUUUGUUAACGAGACAGUUGUGAUGGAAAGAGCCGCAGAUUACCGGGGCACCGAUGGGGCGCACACAAAUAAUCUGCUACUGCGGUCUCGGUCGAUUUUGCAAAAGCCCAAGCCACUGUCACAGUACGUAGAUAAGUUUGGUGUCCCCACCAUAAAUUCUGAUCGCCACAUGGCGCCACCGACAAUGUUGCAGCCGUACACGCUGAUAUCAUUUCCUGAGGAUGCAGUUUCAGUCAAGGUUCAUCAGGGCAUAGCGCACGACGUGCAUUUGGAAGAUUACAAUUUCAACGAGCGCUAUUUGAUUUGAAUUUACGUGUUUUUGUUUUACAAACUUGAUUAUCACCUAUGUAAUAUUGUUGGCAAAGCCGACUGCCAGCUGACGAGCGCGGCCGACGAGGUUGCUAAAUUUUCUAAUGCUUUAGUAACGCAAAUAUAUUAUUU